CGUGUUUGUCUGUACAGCGGGCAUACAUGCAAAGAAGCUUUGUGUUAUAAUUAGUAUGGUUAUUAGAUAUGACAUUUUCUCUUUAUUUGUGACAUUAAAGCUGUUAAAGGAGCAGCACAGGGAUAAGGACCAAACAGCGAAUGACACUCAAUAGUGUCUUUUUUUCAAGGUGGCAUGGAAGACUUUUCAAGAUAUUUGGGCGUCAACAGGACACUGGCUGUAAUAUACUGCAUCGUCUCUGUUUUCUUACAAGCAGAUGGGAACAGCAUCUCCCAGACAGCUGGCAGCACAGUGACCCUGCAAUGUAGCAAUAUGUCAAUUAACCACUUUGUUCAAGUGGCAUGGGCGAAGGACGGGGAUAAUCUGUUCAGCUUCAUGCCACAGAGAACCUCAAACAGCAGCCAGAAAACUUCAGACAGCAAAUGGAUCCAGUCCCUUGCAGCUGCCAGCCUGAAAGUGAACAUGUCCACCUCAGAGAGCCAACUGUAUGCACUAAUCAUAGAGAGCGCCCAGAAAACUCACACAGGAAACUACACUUGUGAAACGACCACAGACUCAGGAGUCUUCGAACAGAAAUGGGAGCUCCUAAUUACAGCAGAUCCACAUAAAAACUAUGUCGCUGCAGUUGUUGCUGUGCCAUGUUUCCUGAUCUUUAUAAUUACUGCUUUAAUCAUUCUGAGAGGAGUCCGCAAACGACGUUCACAAAAUUUAACCCAGCCUCCAAGAAGAUUGCAGCAACAGAGAGAACCUGUUUAUGAAAACCUGGAAAUUGAAAGUCACCAACGAUCUGUAAAAAUUCAGAUUCACCCUUACAAAUACAGGGCUGAGUGAUAUGAAUCACACAUACUAAAGACUUACUAUUUGUUUUUAGAUUACCAGCAGUUUUAAAUAGCUUUCUAUUGAAGAGCAUUAAUUGUAGUUAAAAUUGCAUUUUUUUUCUGGCUAACUGAACAUAUGUCAUAAUGUGAUCUCAUCACUUGUAAUUAUAAAUAAAUUAACAGUUCACUCAUCUG